AUGAGCAUCAAACGUUUGUCUAUGCGAUUGAAAAAAGGUAUACAUCGGAGCUGGAAUCGUAUGACCUCUUUGGAAGCUGGACUUGAAGAAGAGAAGGAGAUUAAGAUUGUUGAGGAGCCUGAACCGCGACCAUGGAAAGUGCUGAUCACCGGUGGAGCAGGCCAUCUUGCCGAGAAUCUCGUCGCCAAGCUUGAGGAGAUGACUCGUGACUCAAUAAGACCGAAAAUCAGGGAGAUGUUGGAGAAGGAGAUGCCCGCAGUGAUUUCCACAAAAGUAGAUAAGGAAGUUGAGAAGAGGUUGCCGAUGUAUAUUCAAAUCGUGUUAGUGGAUGUGCUGGAACCACGUGGCAGGGUUCUGAAGCAUCAUGUGGCUUUUGUGAAGUGCUCCUUCGACGACGAGUGCACUAUGAAAACCGCAUUGGAGCAGGUGGACACUGUCUACCACCUCGCUGCUGUUGGAAUGACAGGGCAGUAUGCGCGUGACCGUAAAGCUUGCAUGGACAUCAACGCAGUUGGCACCAUGAAUCUCCUAAUCUGGGCCAGAAACUCUGGAGUCCAACGAUUCAUCUACACCUCAUCGGUUGGAGUGGUCUUCUCGGGGGAGCCAAUGUACAAUGCGACGGAGGAAGUUGGGUAUCCGGAUGAUUUUUAUAACUACUACUGCGAGUCAAAGGCGCAUGCCGAGCGAAUCGUCCAAAAGGCGUCAGGCCAUCGGAUGAGGACCACUGUGCUCAGAUUCAAUGGAAUCUAUGGACCCGGCGAGAAACGGGUCACCGAGAGGGUUGUGAAAUUCAUGCUAACCGGAAUGUGGAUUGCCACCUGUAAGCCUAAUGGCGUAGAAGCGCAGACUCAGCUGUCCUCGGUGGCCAACUGUAUCCAGGGACUUGUCAAGGCAGAGUUGGCGUUGAGAUGGUCAGACACCCCACAUGGACAGAUCUACAACAUAAUGGACAAGACCCCCGUUGGCACUUUCUCUUUCUGGACCCCUCUAAACAUUGCUCUGGGGUUCUCCAGCUCGAUGAUCACAGUUCCAGCGACCCCUAUUCGAUUGUUCGCCUAUUUAUCUCAAAUCAUCGCGGAUCGAAUGCGUAUUGACCCGAUUGUUAGUGUGUUGGAAGUUGAUUUGCUUCUUGUUAACAAUACAUUUAACAUUGAGAAGGCCGAGCGGGACCUGGGAUAUGAACCCUCGGUUUCAGCAAUUCCAGAGAUCAUCGAGCACUACCUCCACCGUCUUCCUCCAGACGUCGUCCGUCCCAAAGGCCGCUCUGACUUCUAUGUCAAAGUCGCCGUACUUGUAUUGGGGACCAUUUUGAUCUUCGUCGCGGUGUUCAGUUUUACUUUUUGGAUGUACUUGAUCUUCCAGAGGCUGAGCAGAUGGAACCCAUUCUAA